AAUACUUUUUAUAAAUGUGUUUAGUUAUAAAUUUUAAUUAAGGGGAUGGGUCACAAUUAAUUUUUUCCAAAUUCAAGUUUCAUAAAUCAAAAUUUUCAAUAUGGAUUUGGUUUCAACUCCUAAUCCCCAUUUUAUACCUGGAUACACAGGUUUUUGUCCUCAGUACAAGUACCGAAUAGGUGAUACAUUUGGUACCACCACUCAUAAAGUUCUAUUGGAUCCUACUGUUCACCAUGCCGAGAAACUAGUCCUGUCUGACAGAACCAAAGAUGAUUACCAAGUAUACCGACCACCAACCAAAGACAUAGACAUAGUUAAUGAGAGACUCGGAGAUACAGUGUAUAAGCAUCCCAUGGUUCCUGGCUAUGAAGGAUUUGUACCAAGAGAACACAGUCGUUUCGGCCAAAGAUACACCGUUCAAGCUACCGAAGCUCUUUCACAAUUUGAAAAAUUGCAAAACGCCGACCAGGCUGCUCUCAAUCAAUUGGCGAUUAUUGGCGCUAUACAAAGCGGUAAAUGGGAUCCCAAGACUUUAGAAGACAAAGCGUUGGUAAAAAGUCAGUUCAAAUUGCCUCUGAUCGAAGUAAGGCCCGAAUGUGCUGCUGUGAUAAGAAAUCUACCGGUGGAUGAACCACCACUCGAUCCUCCCCGACAUUCCAGUGAGAGCCCCUACUUUAUGGACAAUGCUGAUCCUGAUAAACAUCUCAAAUCAGGAUUUACUGGUCACGUGCCAUUUGGCUAUGCCUCUUUUGGCAAGAGCAAUGAGGCGAUGACCAAUAGUGCUCUCUGCGACUUCACAGCAAACUACAGAAAAAGAUUGAGUACCGAAUGGUCGCCAGUUACAAUCUCCAGACCGGAUCCACCUUUGCUGAUUUCACCCGCUGAAAUCUAUCACCGACAUCUAGGUCAACUGCCCAACUAUGGAGGACACAUACCUGGUGCUAUUUUCAGAUUUGGAAAAACAUACGGAAACGAUUCUCGUGACGCUAAACGUUGGCUACGAGGAGAUUUCAGUACAUAAAAUUACUCUAUGUUGUAAUAUGUGUUUACCACAUAAAAUUCAGUAGUUAUAUAUAGAAAGAAAAUUA